AUGAAGAAAAUUACUCUUGCAUCAAUAACAUCAGUAUUGGUCAUAAUUUUUCCAGGAAAAGUUAUCAGUGACUAUAUCUGUAAUGGCCGAUAUAUUUCAACAGCUCUUCUACAGCCCCAUGUCAAUAGAGCCUAUGCAAAUAUGGCUCAAAAUCAUUCCAAUGUUAGCCGUCCGGGUAAAGAACCUCCCAUACAUCAUACAGUCUUCAAUUACAUAGAUCCAGAAACUGUUUGUAGGUCAAUUUCAUCUCCAUAUAAUACUGAUAGCUACUAA